CUGCAUAUCUCUCUCUCUCUCUUUCUGAAUCUCGUCUCCAGAUUCAUAUUCAUUCAUCUUAUUAUAACAACUAAUUUUAUACUCCCUUAAUUCCCUUUGUAUUAGAAAGAUGGAAAUGAUGAAGAAUAAAGAGAACAAGGAGCUCUUUCAUGUUGUUCAUAAGGUUCCUUCAGGUGAUGGCCCUUAUGUUAGGGCCAAGCAUGCUCAGCUGGUGGAGAAGGAGCCAGAAGCAGCAAUAGUAUGGUUUUGGAAAGCAAUAAAUGGAGGAGACAGAGUGGAUAGUGCCCUUAAAGACAUGUGUGUGGUCAUGAAGCAACUUCAUCGAACUGAAGAGGCUAUCGAAGCCAUCAACUCUUUCAGAUCUCUCUGCUCCCAACAAGCUCAAGAGUCCCUCGAUAAUGUCCUCCUCGAUCUUCUCAAGAAAUGUGGAAAAGUAGAUGAACAAAUAGCGCUGUUGAAACAAAAGUUGAGACAGAUAUACCAAGGGCAGGUCUUCAAUGGUAAACCUACAAAAACUGCUCGCUCUCAUGGAAAGAAGUUUCAGGUUUCUGUCGGGCAAGAGACAGCCAGAGUUCUGGGAAAUUUGGGCUGGGCAUAUAUGCAAAAUGGGAAUUUUAUGGCAGCGGAAGUUGUAUACAAGAAAGCCCAAAUGAUUGAUGCAGACAGCAACAAGGCCUGUAAUCUGGCCCAUUGCCUAAUCAAGCAAGCCCGGUAUGAUGAGGGCCGAGAUAUUCUUGAAAAUGUUUGGAGAGGCAAUUAUGCAGGUUCUGAUGAUCCAAAGACAAGGAACCGAGUGGAGGAAUUGGUGCUGGAAUUGGACUCGAGGCCAUUCUUGCAAAACGUUCCGGGCCUAAAUUUGGAUGAUGAUUUUGUUAAUGGGCUUGAACAGCUGAUUAAUGAAUGGACCCCUUCAAGAUCAAGAAGACUACCAAUAUUUGAGGAGAUCUCUACUUUCAAAGAUCAAUUGGCUUGCUGAUGAUUUUCAAUAUUCAAAUGAUUUAGGUAGGAUUGAAAUAUAUUUAGCCAUUCGACUUAGGUGAAAAUAAAUAAGCUAAGAGAUGUGAUCUGUGUAAAUUGUGAUGUAAAUGAGAUCUUUGGACAAAGUUUGGGGAAAUGAAUUGCUCUGCUCUUUGUUGUUGGUUAAAA